GGCUGCCGCCGACCACGCCGCCGCAUGGGGGACUGGAGCGCCGACCUGCAGUCCGUCCGGAUCGCCAAGCUGGGGGAGGUGUUGCAGCAGGUUCCGAGCAAGUACCAGAACAAGGACAGGCUGCGGGACGACGUGACCGGGCUGUUGCGCUCCGUUCACACGCUGCAGCCCAAGCUGCAGGCCUUCGAGGGCGGUGGCCGCCAGGUCACGCUGUUCUAUUUGUUCGGGGUGCUGCCCAUCACUUACGAGGGCAAUCUGUACCACAUUCCGGUCACCAUUUAUUUCGACCCCCCGUACCCGCGGCAACCCCCUCGGUGCUUCGUGACGCCCACCGACGGCAUGGAGCUGAAAGCAUCCCACCCGCACGUGGACAGGGGCGGCCUCAUCCACGUGCAGUACCUCAGCGACUGGAAUGAGCGGUCGUCCACGCUCGGCGAGCUCGCGGAGGUCCUCCAGCGCUGCUUCGCGGCGCGGCCGCCCGUGCACGCCACGCCCUCCGGCCGCCGCCAGCGCGGCACGAGCCAGGGGGCCGGCCCGCGGCGCUCGGCGAGCCAGGGGCCCGCGGGCUCCCAGCGGGCGGGGACGUCGUCCGGGCGGCAGAGGCCAUCUCCCGACGCGUGUGACUCGCAGUUCCCCCUCCUCGAGAGCCUCUCCAACUCCCUCGGGGUGCUGUUCGUCGGCCUGGCUGGCGCCAUGCAGCAGGUCGCGCCUCCGAAGGAGGAGCCCGACGCCCCGCCGCUGCCGCCCCCGCAGCCUCCGCCGAAGUCCUUCAAGCUGCCCGGCGCCCACCGCCACCAGCAGGCCUCUGGCCGCCCGGCCGCGGAGGGGCCGCCGCCCUCCUUCGGCCCCUCGGCGCGGCAGGGCGAUCGCGGCGCUGCGGGGCGGCAGGCCUCGGGCGGCGGCCGCGGCCUGGCCGCCCUGGUAGAGCGGGGCAGCGGCCGGGCGGAGGAGGGCCUGCGGAGGGCGGAGGCGCAGCUGCACUCCCUCGCCGAGGCCGCCCUGGGCAGGGAGCUGGACCCCGACCGCCUGGCGGAGCGUGCCGACCCCGACCUCGUGCAGUUGCUCGCGCUGCUGGCAGAGGAGCAGGCCAUCGAGGAGUACCUCGUGGCCCUGGACGAGCUCCUUGCGGCCAAGCGGCUCGGCCUCGACGUCUUCCUCACCGAGGUGCGAGAGGCCGGCCGGCGGCAGUUCCUGUGCCGGGUGCAGCGCCAGAAGCUGGCGGCCGCCAUCGCCGCGCCCAGCGACGGCGGCCCCAGGGUCGGCGCUGGAGUCGCGGCGGCUCGGUCGGGGCGGCCGGCCAGUGACGACGGCCGCGACGCCGCUCUCGGUUCCACGCCUGGAGGGGCCGCCCGAGACGACGCGGGCGUUGCCGACCUCUACGGUGACAGCGGCUGGCCCGACGACGCCAUUGACCAGACAUGGCAGCAGCGGGCGCGCGAGUGCCUGACCUGGUGGGGCUCCAGCCUGCGGGUGCGGGGCGCGAUCUGGACUGCCCUCGCCGCGCGUUUCGAAUUCGAGCGGCUGGGCCUGGGCUGGCGGCGGCGCCGCGCCCAGGGGGUCGGCCGGGCAUUCCCAGCCGAGAUCCCCGGGGACAUGCACGAUUUCGACCCCGUCGGCAGGGUGGCGAUCGCGAUCUACAACAGGAGGCUUGCUCGGUUGCAGGAGUGGAUCUACGCCGACCACGACGACCCCCGCUUCGACGCCGCCGUGGAGGCGAACAGCGACCAAUUCGUGGAGCUGGCGCGCCGGGGGCUCGCGCGUCGGGAGGGCGUCGCUCGUGGCAUCGAGAAGGUGUUCAGCUCGAAGGUGUCCGGGUGGCCCAGGGCCUCGCGCGCGGGAGCGGGGGGCGCCCGCGGUCUGGGCGCGCCCAUGGCCGCCGACGGAGCUGGCCCGACCUCGCGCCGUGCCGAGUGGGCGCGGCUGUCGGGGGCCAGUCAGCGCAGCGGGGUUGCGCGCGAGCAUGAGAAUGCCAUGCUGAUGCUGCGCAUGGGGGCGAGCGCGGACCGGGGCAUCUGCCACCUGGCCUCGUUCGAGCUUCUCGCGAGGGGGUUUCGGACCUGGGUGUCAGACCGACAGAAAGAGCGGGAUCACAUCCUCAAGCAGGAGACGAAGAGCGAAAAGGGCAGGCGGCGCGGAGGCAAGCGGCCGAAGGGCUCCGACCAGAAGUGGGCAAUAGCAGGGUGCCCGGAGGCCAAGGGGCUGACGGAGCAGCCCGCGGCCGUCGGCCUCGAUCGCCACGGCGAGGUGUCCUGUUGUCCCUACCUCGAGGCGUUGGGGCUGCAGUUCGACGGCGGCGGCGGCGCCGCCGCCGCCUGCACCUCGCCCCACCGUCGAUUGGGCGCGGCACUCGGGAUCCACUUCGAGGGCGACGGCGCGGGCCAGGGGGGCGACGCCUCGGCCUUCGGCGACGCAGAGGCCAGGGGGCGAGCCGCCUGGGCGCUGCUGGGGGCCCGGGCCGCCGACUGUUUCAGCUGCCAGGGCGCCGCGACGCGGCUGCCCAGCUUGCCCGACAGCCUCGUCAAGGCGGUGGUGUUCGACCGAGGCGCGUCGCCCCGCAGGGCGCUCAACGCCCUCUUCCGCCGCGCGGCCGCCCGCCAGAUUGCCGGCUGCGCGGCGCGGCGAGCGCGGCGCCUGCGCGCAGACAGGAUCCGCGCCGACGAGGGCUCGCGGCGGCCUCGUGCGCCUCGGGCGCUUGUGCUGGCCCGCCUGGCAGGCCGCGUUCCGGCGCUUCCGCGGCGGGCCGGCGGCGGGCAUCUGGCGGCGCCUCGGCUGCGCGGCGCGCGGCCGCCCGAGCAGGUGGCCUUCGAAUUGCGCAGCGGCUCUGGCCGACUCAGCGCAGCCUUCCGCGGACAGGGCGUUCGCGCGCUGCCGGGCGCCGACGUCAGGCGAUCAGUUCGACGCGGCGUGUCGCGUCGCAUCGCGCAGCAGGCAGCGCCGCUCUGGACGCGGAGUGGGGAAGUUUGGCAUGUGCAUCUUGGGGCAGCUUGCGCCGCCCAGUCAGUCGCUCGCUCCGCGCCCGAUAAUGUUGAGCGGGCCGGGCGGCUUGAGGCAGUCUCCGUUGGCGUGGGUUUAUUCGCCGCGGGUGUUAUCGUAGUGCGCGACAGGCGCGGUAUCCUGUGGUCGCCGGGGGCUCCGCCCAGCUCCAAGUUUUUCAGAUGGGGGCCGCUGGUCGACCUCGCGAGCUCGCCAGAUGCCAGCCAUGUCUCGCUUGAUUACGAAGGCGAACUCACGCAGCUGGGCAUGCAGUGCGCCGCGCUGCCAGUGGACCCACAGCUCGCCAGGAUGUUGCUGGAGUCGCCCGCGCACAAGUGCACGAGCGAGGCGCUGUCGAUCGCCGCCAUGCUCUGCGUGGGGCCCGUGUUCCUGAGACCGCAGGGUGCCGCGCUGAAGGACGCCGACGCGGCCAGGCAACAGUUCACGCAUUUAGACGGAGACCACUUGUCUCUGCUGAACGUGUACCACGCCUACAAGCAGCACCUCAUGGACGGCCUGGACACGGCCGCCUUCUGCUCCGCGAGCUACCUCUGCCCGCGCGCCCUGGCGAUGGCGGAGACCAUCAGGACGCGGCUACAGGCCGUGCUGGGGCAGCUGGGGGCCCGCACGACUGCCACGGACUUCAAUGACAAGGAGUACUAUCCGAACAUCCGGAGAUGUAUCGUGUCGGGCUUCUUCAUGCAGGCGGCUUUCUUGGAGGAUCCCAAGGGAGCGACCUACUUGACGGUCAAGGACUGCCAGUCUGCACUGCUGCACCCCUACAGCACGCUUGACAAGAGGCCCGAAUGCGUCGUCUACAACGAGUUCGUGCUGACUUCCCGCAGCUACAUCCGCACGGCCACGCGGGUGAAG